CUGAUUCAAAUGGAUGAUGACGUGGAUAAUUAUAAGACUAAAGAGAUAUCAGUGAUGGAUCAGUUGAGGAAUGGUACUAAAGAGACCCUGAAGUACGCCUCGUUGGUCACACUGACCGUCCAGAAUGCGGCUCUGACUCUAACCAUGAGAGCCGCCCGAACUCAGGAACAACUCUUUAUAUCGUCGACUGCUGUUAUCAUAUCUGAAGCAAUAAAACUUAUCUCUUGUCUUAUUAUGGUAUUUAUUGACGAAGAAAAAAGUAUUAAACGAUUGGUGCAAUCAAUACAACGAAAUAUAUUGAAUGAGCCGAAGGACACUUUGAAAGUGGCGGUACCAGCGAUCGUGUAUUACGUACAGAACAAUCUCAUCUAUUUGGGUGCCACACACUUGGAUGCGGCCACAACUCAAGUGACAUAUCAGCUCAAAAUUAUUACUACAGCUUUAUUCUCGGUGUUUGUCCUUAAGAAGCGCCUCUAUAGGAACCAAUGGUUAGCAUUAGUCAUAUUAUUCAUUGGUGUGGCAUUAGUCCAAUUGGUCCAAAUCAAUAAAAGCAGUUCAAAACAGUCUAACCAACAAAACCCGUUGUUAGGCUUCACAGCAAUAUUGAUGGCCUGUGUAUUGUCGGGAUUUGCCGGCGUUUACUUUGAAAAAAUAUUGAAGAGUUCGACUGAAGUCUCGCUUUGGAUCCGAAACAUUCAAUUGAGUGCAAUAGCCGUUCCCUUUGGUUUGCUUCAAGUAUUUAUCACUGAUUCACAGCUAGUUUCCGAAAAGGGUUUUUUCUAUGGCUAUACAUUACUCACGUGGACUGUAGUGUUACUUCAAGCACAGGGAGGUCUUCUGGUUGCUGUUGUUGUCAAAUAUGCCGAUAAUAUAUUGAAAGGAUUCGCCACUUCUCUGUCUAUAAUUCUUUCAUGUAUUGUCUCAGUGUAUGUCUUCCAGUUUGAGGUGACUCUUCAGUUCAUAUUAGGCGCAGCACUAGUUAUCGGCUCUAUAUUUCUAUACAGCAAACAGCCCUCCAGUUCCGACUCGUCUGCAUUUAAAUUAGUUAAAAGCUUAGGUAAAUCCUAACCAUAAUUAACUAAUUGUUGCCAUAUAUUGUAUUAUUUAUUAAUCUUAUUUAUUUA